UUUUUGCAGACCGGAAGAUGAAAAGGAAUUUCACUAUUUAAUCCUUUCAACAUACACUAUCUGUGUAUCGUAACAGGUUGCUGCUGUCCGCUUUCCACGAAGGACGUUAAUCAUGUGUUUCCCUUGUUAAACUUUAACUCAAGAGGUCAGUUUAGCCGUACAUUUAUAUUGUCCUUAAACCGACAGCAGCAUCCCCACAGAAGCUGGAGUACGGAGAAAGAGCAAGUGCAGACUGAUUAAAGGAAUGAAGAUAUACCGGCUGGAACAAUGACGGAGAAGAUAAAGUGGGAGAGCUAAACAACACCGGAGCGACCCAAACUCUGACUCCAUACGAUCAGUCCUCCUGCCUCUGUCAUGGAGCAGGACGCUGCAGCAGCUCUGGAGGACGCAGACUCCCAGCUGAUGUACAGGAUAGAGCGCCCGGUCUACGAUGAAGCCCUCAUCCGGUCGCAGCUUCUCAAGCGCAAAGAAAACUCCACUACCCUCGGACAGAGGCUGGCACACCAGUUCCGGUGUUCAUCAAAGAAGGCUAAGGCGGCAGCUUUGAGCUUUCUGCCUAUUCUGACAUGGCUGCCAUCUUAUCCAGUCAAGCAGUACCUGUUUUCUGAUGUGGUCUCAGGUCUCAGCACAGGAGUUGUGCAGCUCCCUCAAGGUCUAGCCUAUGCUAUGCUGGCUGCUGUGCCUCCAGUUUAUGGUCUAUACUCCUCAUUCUACCCCGUCCUGCUCUACACCUUCUUUGGAACAUCCAGACACAUCUCCGUAGGCACCUUUGCCGUGAUAAGUCUGAUGAUCGGGAGUGUUGCAGUGAGGGAGGCCCCAGACUCCAUGUUUACCAUCCUGCCUGCCAACGGAUCCAACAUGUCUGCCGUCCUGGACGUGGAGGCUCGUGAUGCCAGGAGGGUGCAGGUCGCCGUUGUGCUCACAACCCUGGUGGGAAUCAUCCAGUUUGUGCUAGGUCUUCUCAGGUUUGGUUUUGUGGCGAUCUACCUCACAGAGCCCCUGGUGCGAGGCUUCACUACAGCAGCAUCGGUGCACGUUGUUAUCUCUCAGCUAAAGUACCUGCUGGGGGUGAAAACGCAGCGCUUCAGUGGGCCCCUCUCUGCUAUUUAUAGUGUCAAGGCGGUACUUUACGACAUCACGAACACCAAUGUCUCCACUCUCAUCCUGGGCCUCGUGUGCUUCGUCUUCCUGUUCGUGAUCAAAGACCUCAACGAGCGCUUCAAGAAGAAACUGCCCAUUCCCAUCCCUGGAGAGAUUAUCGUGGUCAUUGUAUCAACCAGCGUCUCUUAUGGCAUGUCUUUAGCAGAUGACUACCAUGUGGACGUGGUUGGGAAGAUACCAACCGGGCUUCUCCCUCCUACGGCCCCGGAGUUCUCUCUGUUACCCAGUUUGGUCACAGACUCCUUUGCUGUAGCCAUUGUAGGAUUCUCAAUGGGCAUCUCACUUGCCAAGACCUUUGCCCUGAAGCACAGCUACAGCGUGGAUGGCAACCAGGAGCUGAUUGCCCUCGGCCUGUGUAACUUCAUCAGCUCUUUCUUCCAAACCUUCGCCAUCACUUGCUCCAUGUCGAGGAGUCUGGUGCAGGAGAGCACUGGUGGAAAAACCCAGAUAGCAGGACUGCUCGGGUCUCUCAUGGUGCUGUUGGUGGUGGUGGCCAUUGGUUUUGUCUUCCAGCCGCUCCCUCAGACUGCACUGGCCGCCAUCAUCAUGGUGAACCUGUUGGGGAUGUUCAAACAGUUCCGAGACAUUCCUACUCUGUGGAGGAACAGCAAGAUCGAACUGGCCAUCUGGCUCGUGGCCUUCGUAGCAUCUGUGCUGUUGGGACUGGAUUAUGGCCUCCUGGCGGCCAUCGCAUUCGCCAUACUAACAGUCAUCUACAGAACACAGAGCCCUGAAAGUGCCAUCCUGGGUCAUGUUCCCGGCACAGGGCUGUACUGUGAUGUGGAUGAGUAUGAAGAGGCGGCUGAAUAUGAGGGGAUUAAGAUUUUCCACUAUAACUCUUCAAUCUACUUCGCCAACAGUGAUCUUUAUGUGAACGCCCUCAAGGAGAAGACUGGAGUAAACCCCGAGCACUUGCAAGCUGCCCGGAAAGCCCAAAAAAAACGGAAGGAGAAGGCAAACUGCAACCACAGCUUUCCACUGAAGAUGAUGUGUGCCAAGGAGCGGGGAGUGACGCAUGAGGUUUUGUCCUAUAACAACGUGGAGAAGGAGCAGGGGAACGGCCAGUUGGGGGACAGACACAGCGAGUCAGUCUCAGAGGAGGCUGUCUUCCUUGAACCUCUCAGCACCGUCCACUCCAUCAUCCUGGACUGGACCCCUGCCUGCUACAUCGACUCUGUGGGAGCCAAAGCCAUCAAACAGGUUAUUAAGGAAUAUGCAGCUGUGGAUGUUCGAGUGGUGAUAGCCGGCUGCAGCAGAAGCCUACUGUCUGAGCUGGACACCUUACAGUUUUUCACUGGGGUCAUGACCCCAGAGAUGGUGUUCCCCACCAUCCAUGAUGCAGUACUGCGCUGUCAGCACUCAAAUGGCAGCCUUUCAGCUGCUCCAACCAAUGGAACAACCUGACGGGAGAAGACACCUGUAUCACAGCAACAAGGUCUUGCCUUGGGACAGCAGAUUUGGGAGUUCUUCCACACAACUGUACUGUAGGUGCGAUUACCUUUUGAUGCUUCCGCAUCACAGUAGGGAUGAACCGAGCAAUCAUUCAUAUUGAAUAGUGUUUGUAGAACAGCUUUUCCCUCUCAUGUAGCACACAAGUCUGACAACCUUGUGAACUUAAGGUGGCCAGCGCAGUGUGAGAGAGGGCAGUUUUACGAGGCUUUUAUUAUCCAAUCAGAAAUGCAGCAGUUGCGUUCAAGUUCUCACUGCUUUGCUGGAAUAAGUACAUUUUACAGUAAGCUGACCUUGUUAGAAUGUUAUACAGUUUUUGGUAAAAAUGUAUGAAAACAAACCGUCAAUAUCCUGUUGGUAUCACAUGUAAUGUUUGUUACUGAGAAGUUUUGUCCUGAUGGAUUUUCUAUUUUCAGCUGUAUGUUUAUGUCUGUGUAAUUGUGUAUUUAAACCAGCGAAAGCACUAUCAUUGGUCAAUUUGCAGUAUCAUGUUGUUGCAGUAAAUCUGCACUGUGGUUUUAGUCUGAGUGCAACGCUAAUAUUGUACAAGUGUUUUCCUAUUUAAGAAAAAGAAGAAGCUGUAGUUGUGCUGUUAUUGUAGAACACAGGAUGCCUUAAAAGUUACAAUGUGGUUAUUUUACAAAUCACAGACUCAAAUCUGGAAUAAACUUUAUUUUUAAGUGAA